GUGCCUGUCGCAAUGUGGGACUUCGACCAUUGUGAUCCUCGGCGGUGUUCUGGAAAGAAAUUGGCACGGCUGGGUCUCAUCGACGAACUCAGAGUCGGCAGCCGAUUCCGCGGCAUCGUUCUCUCGCCGAAAGGCACUCAAGUUGUCAGCCCCGCCGACAGAGACACAAUUCUCAAGGCGGGCCUUGCAGUUGUUGAAUGCUCAUGGGCACGACUAGACGAUGUGCCGUUCGGAAAAAUCGCCAGCCCACAUGAGCGCUUGCUUCCAUACCUCAUCGCCACGAACCCGACGAACUAUGGCAAGCCGUGGAGGCUUAAUUGUGUUGAAGCUCUCGCGGCUGCCUUUUAUCUGACAGGAUUCGACUCCUACGCCGAGCGCCUGCUUGAUGGAUUUGGAUGGGGCAGCGCAUUCUGGAAGGUCAACCGGACAUACAUUGAGCGUUAUCGGAGUUGUGCCAACGCUGAUGAAGUUAGUGCCAUGCAGCAAACAAUCUUAGAGGAGUCUGAGGCUAGCUAUGAGCAGUCACGAAGAGGUAAUUAUUUCAAUAUGUUCCCUAUCGGUCGAUGUACCAAUCUUGGCUCCUGCAGAUAA